ACAAUUUGCCAAGCUGCAACCUAAAACCCAAAAGUCCCUAAACCCUUUUUUCAAAACCUCCAAACAAAAACCCACUGUAACUCCCUUGAGCUCAAGUAUCCAACCAUGGCCGAUUCUGGAGCUAACCCUAAACAGAGACAACCCAAGAAGAACAAGAAGAAGAGAAAGCAGAGCGGACCCGAAGAAUCUGAAAGGCUGCUCAAAACUAACCGCACCAACUCAUCAGAGAACGAGAAUGAACCAGAAGACCAAAACUUUGAAGUUGGAGAAGCUGAAAAGCCCAAUCAAGGUGGUCCAUGGAGGAACCUGGAGUUGAUUCUGUCAAUCCAGAACAGAGAGCUUGAUCUUCACAAGAAGGUGGAACUAGCUCAUGGUUUUGUGAUGUCGAGGGUGAAGGAAGAAGGAGGCAGCAGUGAUGAGGAUAAUCAAGCAGUGAACAUGUCACGUUUAGUAAUUUUUGUCAGUGAUUGGGUCCAAUCAUUGUUGAUUUCCGAAGGAAAGAAAGUUGAGAGUGGUGGAGAGAAGCAUCAAGCUGAAGUUGUUUAUACGUAUUUGGAUUUAAGAUGCUGGGAGAUUUUCAAAUUCUGUUUGGAGGAGUCUCUUAAAUUAAAUGUUUCUUUAACUUUCUCACGGAACCUUUUACGCUCUAUAUGUUGGAUUGCAAGAAGUGCACUGUCCUUACUGAACAAAACAUUUAUUGGUGAAGGGUUACGAUUGUACACUACUGUGCUUGAUUGUAUUUCUUUGGUAUUUUCAUCCCAAGAAGGCUUCUCAAAUGAAAAUUUAGACAUGUGGAUUACAACUGUAAGUUCAGUUCUUGACCUUGGACACAAAUGUUACUGUGAAGCUCCUGCUAGUGGCAAUGAGGGUGUAUUGGUUUUCCAAUUCUUGUGCUUGGUGCUUGAGCCAUUUGCCAGGUUUUUAAGGGCUCACGCUCGGAAAGAUGGAUUUCGUGAUUUUAGUAAUAAGCUCCUUGAGCCUCUGUUGCAUCUCUUGGGUCUCUUGCAUCUCCAGAUUGGUGGAAGUAAUCCUGGUUGGACAAGAAACAUACUGAAACUUGUUGAAGAUGUAUUAUCUCAUGGGCUAUAUCACCCGCUCCACAUUGAUGGGUUUUUGAGCUUAUGCAGUACUGAAAAAGACGCCACAUCCAAUGAUGGGAAGUCAAAAGAUUCUAAAACAAUCAACCAGAGUUAUCAUAGACAUUUAUUUGAUAAAGUGGAAGGAAUUUUAGCUGCAAAGAAUGCAUUUGCAGUAGAAAGCAUAGGAGUAUUGUUUCACUUGCUUAUUGAUCAAGUUAAAAAGCUAAAGAGGGAUUCAGCGCUGACUGCAAGUACCAAAAUGAUGGGGAAGAGUGAAGGUUCAAGGCUGUUAGAAGAUAGUUCAUUGGGUCAAACGUCUAUGAUGUCUUCUGAGAGUCGUAUUGUUGAAAAGAAUUAUUGCUCAACUAGUUUCAAUCCAGGAACACGAAAGUCACUUCACGAUUUUUUUGUACUGAUUAUGGAGCCUCUUUUGCUUGAGAUCAAUGGCUUUCUUGAAACUAAGCUGAAAGUGGGCCCUGAAUUGUUGGAUAUUCAUUGCACACUUAAAGCUAUAAAUAAUGUACUUUCGGUCUUUAUGCAUGAAAAGAUUUAUGUGAGAACAGAGGAUGCCUCUGAGGGAGCUUCUCUUAAUUUCUUGAAGAAGGUUUAUAAUAUUAUCAUCUCAUUGUCCUCAGAUUUAAUUCAGUUGUCAGUUACACACUCAGAUAAUUUUACUCUAAUAGCAAAUGAGGUACUUUCUGCUGUUGGCUAUCUUAUGGAAAUUGAAUAUGAUGUUCUAGAGAAUGAUCUAGUAAGCUUGUGGUUAAUGAUCCUCUCUUACUGGGCCAUUGGGCUUUCUUUGGUGGAUUCUCCGGAUAGAUGCUCAUUAUUCUCCAAGAUAACAGAUAUUGGAUGCCAAUUAAUUAUGCUCUAUAGUCAACUUCGCCAGGUGAAUAAUACUAUCUUUGCAUUGUGUAAAGCAAUAAGGGUUAUUAAUUUACAUAAUAGCGAUGGUGAACUGAACUAUACUAGAUUUGUCAUUCCUUUUCAUGGUGAAGCAUAUGCAAAAGCUGUGGAAAUGCUAUUAUCUGCACAUGAAUUCAAAAUUGCAAUUCAUAAAGCAAUGAAGUCCAUACCAGAAGGACAAGCAAGUCAAUGUAUUCGGCAGUUAACAUUGGAUAUAUCAGAAUCUCUAGAGUGGAUGAAAGUUAGUUGUUCGGAGGCUGAUGAAAAAGAAUUUUCUGAAUGCCAUCUAAGUAGCUUGCACAAUUUUAAUCUGGAAGCUGAACUUUUCGGGAGAGGGUUGUCAGAAAUAUAUGCAUUAUUCCUAGAGUCAUUGAUUGUCACAACUGGAAACUGUAACCUUCUGGGCGCUUCUAUAAUGGAAUUAAUUAGAGUGAUUUUCCCUUGCAUGAGCAAUCUGGUUGGACCACAGCAGGAGGAUGCUGUAAACAAAUUCCUAUGGUCUGUCGCGGUAAAAGAUUCCGACAAUGUGAUCACUAGAAACAAAAACAAAUAUAUGAUAUUUGAAGUCUCCACUUAUUGGGUAGUUUUGUUCUUCUUUCGAUUGUAUAGCUCCUGCCGAUGCUUAUAUAGGCAAGCAGCAAUCCUUAUGCCUCCAGAUUUAUCAAGAAAGAUGUCUGCAGAAAUGGGAGAUUCGUUCUCUUCAUUCUCUGGCAGGGAUUGGAUGGAAAUGUCUGAUUGGAUCAAUGGGGGAUUUUUCUCUUGGAUUGUACAACCUUCAGCUUCUCUUUUUUCUGUUAUUCAAUCUGUUUCAAACAUCUUUUGUAAGGACUGUGCAGCUGAUUCUUGUCCUUUAACUUAUCUAAUGCAUACUAUGGCUUGUGAAAGGCUUGUAGAUUUGAAUAGUCGUAUAAAGUCUUUUGAAUAUUUGAUUGAAAAUGGUGACAAUCUGGUGCAAGUUGCGGACAUCUCUUCUUUGAGGCAAGAGGCAGCAGGACUCACGGGAUUUAUGAUGGGGCACCUCUCAUUAGUGUCUGAAGAUCAACAGCGAAUAUUCAUUUCUGCUGAUACGACUAAUAAUAAGAUGGUUGACUAUGAAAGUGAUGAAUGGGAUUUCAGUAUUUGCUCUGUGAACAAGAAGUCAUUGCCAACUGCACUUUGGUGGGUAGUUUGCCAAAAUAUUCAUGCAUGGUGCCCUCAUGCCUCUAAAAAGGAUUUGAAGAGAUUCCUUUCUCUUUUAAUCCAUACUUCAAUUCCCUAUGUAAGAAGCAGCUUUGGGGUGGUUAUAGAGCACAAGAACCAUGAAGCUGACAGGCUGAAGAAUGUGGCAUUGCAUCAAAUCUCAUCACAGUGCUUUAUUGAUUCCAGUCUGUAUGAGCAAAGAUUUGUCUGCAGGUAUUUUGCAAAGAGGUUCUGCCGUGCAUUGGAGAAAUCUACAUUACCAUUCAUCAGCGACUUUCCAUCCGGCAAUGUUAAAUUCAAAUCAUCACCUAAUUGGCCAAAUGUCUUAAGUGAUUUAGAGAACUCAUCAUUGGCUAUUUCCUGCAACAAACUCAAUGUAUUUGAUUGUUCCUCAGCCUCAAGUUGCAAGGGACAAAACUCCCAACCAUCUACCAUCAUGAAAUUUACAGCUUGUCAGAGUUUGCUUAAUCUUUUGAGUUGCAUGCCAAAAGGUCAUCUGGACACGAGAUCAUUUUCAUGUUAUGUGACUUCUAUUCUGAACCUCGAAAGGAUUGUUGUUGGCGGCUUAUUAGAUUAUCAGAAUGCUUCAUACUCAACUUAUUAUUAUGAGCUCUUCAGAUUGUUUGUGUCCUGUCGGAAGGCCUUAAGAUGUAUAAUUACUGCUUGUGAGGAGACAGUAGCCGGUCGAACCUCAGACACUGUACUCUUUGAGGAUUUAUUUCCAGUUUCAUGGCUUUACAAGUCAGUCCAUAUGGUUGCUGGGCUUCAAGAAUCAUUCUCAAAAGAUAUUUAUCAUCAAGUUCAUGAUAUGAUCUUGGCAUUAAUGGAUCACACAUUUUAUGUGUUUCUGACGUUAAAUAAAUAUCAAUCCAAUCAUGCUGUUCGUUUCCUUGAGGUUGCUGAGCUGAAUUUUGGAUGUGCCCAAGAACAGAGAAGUUUAUUGAAUUCGUCCAAUUAUAUUGAAGCCUGGAAAAGUGUAAACGUUGUUGCUAAGAUUUUGAAGGAACAGAUGCAGAUCUUACUUGUAAAUGUGAAGAAUGGCAUUUGUAAUGGAAAAGAGGAAGUUUCUGUUGAUGCUUUAAAUUUGAACAAGUUUGCUUCCCUAAUUUCGUGUUUUAGUGGGUUUUUAUGGGGCCUAGCAUGCGUUGUGAUCGACACAGAUGGGAGAAAUAGUGAUGAGAAAGCUAAGUUGUCAAGGUGGAAACUUGAACCAAUCUCCGAACUCAACCUCUGUAUAAAGGUUUUUGAAGAAAUUUCUAGUCUUCUACUACAAAUGUUUAUUCUUGACGAUAAUCAGCAGUCUACAACUAUAUGUCAUGCCUAUAAUCUUCAGAAGUCGGGCUACAAUUUAGAUUUUUGGGUGCAGAGAAGAUUUUGCCGGAAGGCGAUGAUGCUGACACUGAUAUGGCAUGUGGUGGACUGCAGGAUGAAUCUGCCGUUGCAGUGACGUGCUCAGCAUCAUCUGACAUCUGUGAAGACUCUGUAAUUGGUAGAAGAAGAAGACCGCGCUUGAAAGAUGCAAAUAGUGUUGUUACUGUUCUCACUGCUGUUGAUUCAUUUGAACUGCAAUCUUUAAAUAAGCCUUUGUUGAGAAGCA